UCAUCUUAUUAAAAUUUACAGCUGUAGUUCCUUAACAGCAUAUACUAGCUAUGAACGGAUGGUUGGGUCGUCCAUGGAUCGGCUGAUGAAUUUUGACGAAUUGCUGGCACAUGUGACUGACAUUAGCAUGAACAACAGCAGAAAUUUCCAUCAUCCUUUGCUGACACCUCUGAAAACAAGUUUUACAUAUGAAUGUGACAUCCUUAUGCAUCUGCUCAGAAGUCAAAUUGAGAUGCAGUUUUGGAGGUUUUUCCCUUCGCUCCUCCACCUCCAUGAUGCACACACGAAACUGAAUACAUGGCAUGCUGUUGUACAGUCAAAAGAGACAAAGAAAUAUGGUUUUGGUUCCAAUUUCCUCAAAUCAUCUCCUCUUCCACCAUUAUAUCAGUGGCUGUGGCAAGCAAAAGCAGCUUUUGUGUCAAAGUAUUCACUCUAUUUCCAUGAGACUUUGGCAGCACAGAGUUCCCCUGCGGAUAUGAAGGGGCUCAUUUCUCGGCAGGGGCAAGCAUGUGACUAUGUUUCAAAAAUCCAGAGUUUUCAGCGGCGGAGUGAUGCUGCUAGUGUGUGUCUGGUAUUUGAGGCCGCAGGAGUGGAGGACUACCAAGGUGCUGGCUACCACCAUCCCCAGGAAUCGUUGUCUCCACCUAAAGGACUGGAUAGCUACCCAGCAAUUUUUUCCUAUCCUCCUACAAAACCCUUGGAUCGCUGGCCCAGUAUAGUCAUGAGAGUGUCAGAUAGAUCAAAUGAAUUCACCUUGAUGGACCGAGUUGUUCACUUCUUUGAUCAGCAGAUUGGGUCCACAUAUUUUCUGUGUCGAGUAGAACCAAGAAUAACGAUUGUUGUGAUAUUCGACACCAAGAAAUCAGAAAAGGACAACUACAUAAAGGACUUCGUGUAUGACCUCGCCAUGCAACUGCGAGGCAACAAAGUGUUUCAGAACCUCAAGCCAAAGUGAAUCUAUUCCAUUUACCUCUAGGCUGUGGGAAAUUUCUCGGUGAUAUAGUCUGGAGAAUAGCAUCUUCA